CUAAAAAACGACCGUCUGUUCGGGCAUAAAUAACCAUUUUGUUAACUGGUUCAAGAGCAUGAAAUGUGAUCAUUUAUUUAUUUCGUUUCUCUUUUCCCCUUUGCAUCUCUUGGUUGGCAUUUCUAAUGCCGUAUUCGCCUCUUUAAGAAAUCGAAUGCAUAAGUGGGGGUUAAGAUUGUAAAAUUUCAGACGAUUUCAGCUUCGAAGCUGCUUCUCAAAUUUGAGCUCAAUCCGUGAUUUUGAUCUAUUUUGGGCAAUGUUGCGCUAAGUUUUUGGCAGAUUGGAGAAUUUUUACAGCAAAUGGCACACUAUUUUGUCGGAGUUUGAGCAUACUUAGGCGUGGAUUUCAAUAAUCUAUGAUGCUUAUACAGAGCCUUUAAGAAUUGAGUCCCACGGUAAUAAAUUCGUGGCUGAAAGUUUUCUCCAGCAACUUUUUGGAAAAUGUGCGAACUGUAAGCUAAUGUAAACUGUAAAUGUACGACAAGUGUUUGCAUCGAAAUCCAAAAUUGAAGCCCUGAAGACGGCCUUUUACAAACCAGGUUUUCACUGAUUGAAAAGAGUUGUCCUUUUUUGAUAAAAAAUGGCAAGAGGAGGUCUGAAAUGGCUGUCUUUAGUUGUAUCUGCUGCCUUAUUUGGAGUCUUGUUGGCCAUGACAUUUGGGGCCGCGGAAAGGACUUUCCCGCAAGGUGAAGCUUUUCCCCAGGAAAGGGAAAGAAGUAUGGAAGAAGUAGACGAUCUUGCGGAGGACCAGACCUCCAUGAAAGCAUAUAUAGUAAAAGCUGGAAACUUCCUCUGGCAAUCGGAUAGGUCCGAGUACCAUCAUGUUUGGCCGAAAAUGAAAUUUGGCUGGAAAAUAGUGAUGGGCACCAUAAUUGCUUUCUUCGGAGCUGCAGUAGGUAGUGUUGGAGGAGUCGGUGGAGGGGGCAUAUUUGUUCCCAUGCUUACACUCAUUAUUGGGUUUGAUCCCAAGUCCUCCACAGCCAUAUCCAAAUGUAUGAUUAUGGGAGCAGCAGGAUCUACAGUUUACUACAAUCUUAAACUCAAACACCCAACGUUAGACUUACCCAUUAUUGAUUACGAUUUGGCUAUGCUUUUUCAACCCAUGCUGAUGUUGGGGAUUAGCAUUGGCGUUGCAUUCAAUGUUAUUUUUGCAGAUUGGAUGGUCACUGUUUUGCUUAUCAUUCUAUUCAUAGGUACAUCUUCAAAAGCGUUUUUUAAAGGUAUAGAAACAUGGAAGCAAGAGACUCUAAAGAAAAAGGAAGCUGAAAGGACACACUCGGAGAAUUCUCAAUCUAACAAUAGAACAGAAGAUCAUGAGGAAGUGGAUUUCAAACCUCUGCCCAGUGAACCAAAUGAGGAAAGGAAUGCUAGUAAUGGGGAGACUAAUCAGCGUCCACCAAGAGAUGUCACUAACUCAAUUUUGUACAACAUCCGUUGGAAGGAAUUGGGGAUGCUGUUCUUUGUUUGGUUCGCAUUUCUGGCAGUGCAGAUCCUAAAGACCAAAUCAGCUACAUGCUCUGUAAAGUACUGGGUAUUAAACUCACUACAGGUCCCAAUUGCUUUUUCUGUAGCCCUUUAUGAAGCUGUUUCUUUAUACAAAGGAACCAAGACAAUUGCCUCUAAAGGAGUAGAUGGAGUUGAUUGGAAAAUAUCUCGGCUGCUUCUAUAUUUCUUCUGUGGAAUUAUGGCUGGUGUUGUAGGUGGCUUACUUGGUCUUGGAGGAGGAUUUAUCCUUGGACCUCUAUUUUUGGAGCUGGGCAUCCCACCCCAGGUUUCAAGUGCCACUGCAACAUUUGCUAUGGUAUUUUCUUCAUCAAUGUCUGUGGUCGAAUACUACUUUUUAAAGCGAUUUCCAAUUCCUUAUGCUGCAUACUUUUUUGCAGUUUGUAUCGUUGCAGCCUUUUGGGGUCAGCAUGUUAUUCGGAAACUCAUCAUUGUGUUAGGGAGGGCAUCCCUGAUCAUUUUUACCCUCGCUUUUGUAAUCUUCCUAAGUGCUCUGACAUUGGGUGGAGUAGGCAUUGUUAAAAUGAUUCACAAAAUACACAGUGGAGCCUACAUGGGUUUUGAGAACCUUUGCACCUAUGACGCAUAAACGUUUUGUACUGUGGAAUGCUUCUAACAAAUUAGUCAAUUUUGCUGGCUGGCGAACCAGGCAUGCAACUUGUGGUCUCUCAAAGCAAUAAUAGUGGGGGUCACAACAAGGGAGCUGAUGUUGGAAGUUGAAGCUUUUAUGGAUGCCUCUGUCUACAGAGGAUGUCUAUUCAAAGCCAUUUGAAUUGUUAGUUGAUUUAUUGUAACAUUAGCUCUGCCGAAUAUUGGCAUUGCAUUUGGAAAGUCAUAUGCUAUCAAUAAACGAGAGAAGUGAAAAUUUUUAUAUUUAAGAAUGCAGCUUUGUUGGAUUUGGAUUCAUUUAAA